CUCGAAUCUCCGGAAAUGUUGAAGACACACGUUCACCAUCCCACCACUAACAAAUCCCUGCCAUUGCAUAAGCCAUUCCUACAUGGGACUACCUUUGCUUUUCCCCCUUUGAACCAGUACAAGCCUUCUUCUUCUUCUUCUUCUUCUUCUUCGUUGAGGAAGAAAGGCAAAGGUUUUAAAGCAAGGUUUGUUCCCAACAAAAUCAAAGCGUCGGUAGAGAGUUCCGCUGUUACUGAGGCCGUAGAUGCUCCUUCCGCCGCCGUGAAAGCUUCCGUGUCAGUUAGACAAACCGUCGGUGGUCUCAUAACAAACUUAGGGUUCCAAAGAGGGCUAGAUGAUAUACAGGAUUUGCUCGGUAAAUCACUUCUCUUGGAGCUCGUUAGUGCCGAGCUUGACCCCAAAACGGGACAAGAGAAGCAGACAAUCAAAGCUUACGCACAUCUAGUGAAACAACACGACGAAGAUGUGACGUACGAGGCGGAUUUCACGGUUGGUCCCGACUUUGGAGAAUUAGGCGCCGUCGUGGUGGAGAACGAGCAUCACAGAGAGAUGUUCUUGACGGAUAUCGUGCUCGACGGCUUCCAAGACUCCGAUCCUAUUACCGUCAGCUGUAACUCUUGGAUUCACUCCAAGUUCGACAAUCCCCAAAAGCGAGUCUUUUUCACUCACAAGUCGUACUUGCCGUCACAAACACCGAGCGGAUUGAACCGACUGAGGAUCGAAGAGCUGGAGGCAUUGAGAGGGAACGGCAUGGGACAGCGCAAGUCAUUUGAGAGGAUAUACGAUUAUGAUGUUUACAACGAUCUCGGCGACCCCGAUUCUGAUCCGAAUAAAAAGAGACCCGUGCUCGGCGGUAAUAAAGAAUUACCUUAUCCUAGACGGUGUCGGACUGGUCGUCCCCGCUGCAAAACAGAUCCUGAUUCGGAGAAGAAGAUCAACAUAUUUUACGUGCCAAGGGAUGAGUGCUUCGCGGAGGUGAAGCAAAUGACCUUCUCGGCAAAGACGCUGUACUCGGUGUUUCAUGCUGUGGUCCCAUCGCUGCAGACGGCGAUUGUAGACAAGGAGCUUGAAUUUCCGUACUUCACAGCAAUCGAUCAGUUGUUCAAUGAGGGGAUUCGCUUGCCUAACAUGGACGGAAAAAAUUUGUGGAAAACAGUUCUCCCUAGACUACUCAAGGUCAUUUCUGACAACAAUGCCUUGCGCUUUGAAACGCCGGAGACUAUGAAUCGUGACAAAUUUUUCUGGUUUAGGGAUGAGGAAUUUGCUCGACAGACGCUUGCCGGGAUCAACCCAUAUGCUCUUCGUUUGGUCACGGAAUGGCCAUUGAAGAGCAAUCUUGAUCCUGAAAUCUACGGAGAUCCGGUAUCUGCGAUCACCAAAGAGCUGGUGGAGCGUCAAAUAGGAGGAUACAUGACAGUGGAAGAGGCCUUGAAACAAAAAAAGUUGUUCGUCCUGGAUUACCAUGACUUGUUACUACCAUAUGUGAAGAAAGUGAGAGAGCUUCCCGGGACAACAUUAUAUGGGUCGCGAUCACUAUUUUUCCUAGGUCCUGAUGAGACCCUGAGGCCAGUGGCCAUCGAGCUAACUCGACCGCCUAUGGAUGGGAAGCCACAGUGGAGGGAUGUACAUACGCCGGCUUGGCAUAGUUCUGGUGUCUGGCUUUGGAGGCUUGCAAAAGCUCACGUGCUUGCUCAUGAUUCGGGCUAUCAUCAGCUUGUUAGUCACUGGUUAAGAACACACGCUUGUACCGAACCUUAUAUAAUUGCCACUAAUCGACAGCUCAGUGAAAUGCAUCCAAUCUACAGAUUGCUCCAUCCCCAUUUCCGUUACACAAUGGAAAUCAAUGCACUAGCUCGAGAGUAUCUUAUCAGUGCUGAUGGGAUCAUUGAGACCUCCUUCAGCCCUGGCAAGUACUCUAUCGAGCUUAGUUCUGUUGCUUAUGACCUUCAAUGGCGAUUUGAUCAUCAAGCGUUACCUGCAGACUUGAUUAGCAGGGGGUUGGCUGUUGAAGAUCCUGAAGCUCCUCAUGGCCUGAGGUUAGCGAUCAAGGAUUACCCUCUUGCCAACGAUGGACUUGCACUCUGGGAUAUUCUCAAAGAAUGGUUUUCUGAUUAUGUGAACCAUUACUAUCCGGAUGCAUGUAUAGUGGAGUCGGACGAAGAACUUCAAGCAUGGUGGACAGAAAUUCGUGAGGUCGGGCACGGUGACAAGAAAGAUGAACCAUGGUGGCCUGUCCUCAAAACACCAGAAGACUUGAUCCAGAUCGUUACAACCAUCGCUUGGGUAACCUCGGGUCAUCAUGCAUCCGUCAACUUUGGACAAUAUACAUAUGCCGGUUACUUCCCCAAUAGGCCAACAAUUGCUCGAAAGAAUAUGCCAACCGAAGACGCAACCGAAAAAGACUGGGAACUCUUCAUGAAGAAACCUGAAGCUUUACUCCUAAAGUGCUUCCCUUCACAGAUUCAAGCUGCUACAGUGAUGGCAAUUUUGGAUGUGUUAUCGAAUCAUUCUCCAGAUGAGGAGUACUUGGGAGAAAAGACGGAGUUGGCUUGGGCUGACAAUCCUGUGAUCAAAGCAGCAUUUGAAAAGUUCAAUGGGAGGUUAAUGGAGCUUGAAGGAAUUAUUGAUGAAAGGAAUGCAAACCAGGAUUUGAAGAACAGAAAUGGUGCCGGGAUUGUGCCAUACGAGUUUUUGAAGCCGUUCUCCGAGCCUGGGGUCACUGGGAAGGGAGUCCCAUAUAGCAUCUCCAUCUGAGGUUAAUAUCUCGAAUGUUGUAUUGUGAGCAUUAUGGAUGUUCAUCUGCCUUAAGGGUUAUGGAGAAAUAAAACGUUUUUACGGCA